CGAAACUGAAAGAUAACCCGACUACAGUUCCCUCUGCUGCCGCUAGAUGGCAGAGUGAUUAUUAAUAUGUGGGUUUUUAAACAGAGAAGAAAAGGAAAACAUUGAGGAUCAGCUGAUCGCGCGCUUUGGUACCGCUACAGCACAGUGAUGAUGAUGAUGAUGAUGAUGAUGAUGAUGAUGAUGAUGAUGAUGAUGAUGAUCGGGACUCGGUGCUGUGUAUCCGUGGGGUCUGUGGUGUUGGUGUUGUUUUGUGCGCGCGUGACUCAGUGUGGUCUCGUGCACGGGGAGCAGAUCGCGUUUGUGCGCGUGACAGUGCAGCAGGAACCCGGCAGCAGUUUGUUACAGGGGCGCGUGCUGCAGGGACAACAACAACAACAACAACAACAACAACAAACAACAGAGGAAGAGCACGAACUGCGGGGAGACCUACGAUUGGUUAAAGAUGAACAUGAGAGUGUGAGGAGUACAGAUCAUAGAGGUGAUGAUGAAGGUCAGAGGUCAAAGCCCUGGAUAGGUGUGGUCCCUGUCCAAAUGGAGGAGAGUCCUGUCUCAAACAGCAACCAGGAGUCAUUCGCCUCAACUGUAGUCAACAAGAUGAAGAGGGCAUUGGUUUUGGGGGCGUCGGCUCUCAUCAUCCUUGUGUUAAACCAGAACACACUGAGAGAGAUGGACGUGUCUCAGCUUCUCUCUAAACCCAUCAUCAUCAUACAGAACUCUGACAACGUAACUAAACUGUUCGGGGCUCUGUUCAGGGGUCUUCAUGCAACUGCAAGAAUUACAUACAAAACAUUUCUACAGAAUAACCUGAGACAGGGUGCGACUCUCACUCUGUGGUCUAGUUGUGGUCGCUCCAGGUGGGGGCGCUAUGGAGAGUGGCAGGGUGUCGUGUGCACCGGAGAGACCAACUCACCUGUACAGAAAUAUCUGCAGCAGUUGUGGAACACUGUGGUGUUAAUCGCUCUGAUCCUCUCCACUGGAGUACUGGUCCAGGCCCGGUGGCAGAACCACGAUGACCAGCUCACUGACCAGCUCCAGCUUCACCCCAAACAGGAACUGCUGGAUAAACUUUCUCUGUUAAAGACCCGGACAUUUCGUCAGAGAAAACACACCGAGCCGCCAGACACAGACAACUGCGCUGUGUGUUUAGAGCAGUACACUACUAACCAGUGUUUGAGGGUUCUGCCAUGUCUACAUGAGUUCCACAGAGAUUGUGUUGAUCCGUGGCUUCUCCUGCAGCAGACCUGUCCUCUCUGUAAACGCUGUGUACUCACAGGAAAUGUAUGCUGACGUUCUGAAAUCUCGGCUCACUCUGGAAUCUCUAUCAGGUCAAAUCAUCUCAAGAUGUCAAGUUCUAGGAACCUUCAUAAUGUACAUGCAGCGUCUCCAUGGAAACAAACCCUGACCUCAGAUCGGAAAUACUUCCUAACUUUAGGAUUUUUUAAAUCCUGUGACUGUACAGUAUGUUUGUGUAGAAUGACAUUGUACACACGCAGGAUCAUGGUGUGUGUGUGUGUGUGAGAGUGUGUGUGUGAGUGAGUGUGUGAGUUUGUGUGUGUGAGUGAGUGUGUGAGUUUGUGUGUGUGUGAGUGAGUGAGUGAGUGAGUGAAUGAGUGAGUGUGAGUGAGUGUGUGAGUGAGAGUGUGUGUGAGUGAGUGAGUGAGAGUGAGUGAGUGAGUGAGAGUGUGUGUGAGUGAGUGAGUGAGAGUGAGUGUGUGUGUGAGUGUGUUCCAGAUCACACACAUACAUUUCAAAGUGAGCAGAAGAAUCCUGCAGUUUUACUGCUAAUGAAGAUGUCAUCUGUGUUUUAUUUAAUUAUUUAUAUUAUUUAAUAACUAUUUUAACAAUCUUUAAUUAAUGGAGACAGGAAUCGAAAUAGAUUUUAUUUUAAAUCUCUAUAUAAAUGUAAAAAAAUAUUUUUAAAGCUAUGACGAGUGUAAAGUGUUAAUGCCCAGGAUUAUAGUGAUGGAGGGAUGAAGAAGAGAAAGCAUGAAAGGAAGAAUAAAUAAAUGGAUGAAUGAAAAUAAAGAAAUCUUUAAAAUCGA